AUUAGGUCAACGCGAAUGCAAAUGUCUGCAGGGAAAGGACGAGUGAAUGUAUAGUUAAAAUACAGAAAAAACACAAAUAUCAUGGCAGACCAGGAAGAAACUGCUCAGCCUGAAGCUACAGAGGAACAACAGCCAGCUCCUGCAGAAGAGCAAGCUCCAGAGACACAGAAUGAGACAGAAGAAACUGCUGCUACAGAAGCAGCAGAAGCAGCCUCUGCAGCAGAGGCUGAAGAAACAGCACCUGUCACAGAAACAGCAGAGACAGACCCUGCUGCAGAAACAACAGAAACUGCAGCAGAGCCAAAUGGAACUGAACAGGAACAGGCAGCAGCCACAGAAAAUGCAGAAGGAGAACAAGAAGCUGCAGCACCUGUAGAAGGGGAACAAGAGGCUGCAGUAGAAAAUUCUGCAGAACAAGAAGUAGGAGAAACCCAGGAAGAUACAGGUGAUGCUGCGCAGACAUCAGAAGAAGUUAAAGCUGAGGACACGGCAGAGGCACCCACCACAGAAGAACAACCAGAGGGUGAGGGAGUGGAGGAGGAGAGCCCCACUGCAGUUGUAGAAAACACAGACACUCAGGCUACUGAGGGUGAGACUGAGGCUGCUGGAGAGACACAGGAGGGUGUAGAGGAGGGUGCAGAAGAGGGGGCACCACAGGCUGAAGAGGCUCCUGAGGAGGCUCCAAAAGAAGGAGCUCCAGAGGGAGACGAGGCCACACCUGCAGAUGAUAAGCCAGCAGAGGGUGAGGCACAGGAGGAAGAAAAAGCCGAAGACGGUAUGGAGACUGCAAAAGCCGAUGAAGGAACAGCAGCAGCAGGAGAGGAAGAACAGAAAGCUGAGGAAGGGGAACGAGCAGAUCAACCCACAGAACUGGCUCCUCCGGCUCAGGAAGGAGAGAGCAAACCAGCAGACACUGAGGGUAUUGCUGGGGCAUCAGAGGUCAGUCUGGGUGCCAAGGGUCCAGAGCCCCCCACCCCCACCCCUGAACCCCAGAAAGAGAGUCAUGGCACAGAGACCGUGGAGGGGAGGGACCAGUUUGAGGUUGACCCCCAGGCUGUCUCCCCCAGUCCUCAUGUUAACCUGGAUGCCAAUGUCACAGUAAAAUUUGUCCUGAUGCCCAGUGGUCAGGUGGCCACCUUGGCCUGUACUUUAGGUCAGACACUGUCCGAACUGAAGGCACAUUUUGCAGCAGAACUGAAGAUGCCAGCAAACACAAUCCUCCUCAUGUUUGAUGGUAAAAACAUGAAUGACAAGACUACACUGGCAGACCUUGGAGUUGGUCCUAAUGGUACGGUACAGCUGGAGAUGCAGUCAGCUGACCCAGUAAACGCCCCCAUCAAACCUUACAGACCUCGCCAAGAAUACCACAUGCCUGACGUCAUCACUGUCAGGGUGCCUACAGAGGAUGGCAAGGACUACAGAGAUGUAGUGGUGGAAAUUGAGAGGACCACUUCCAAGAAGCCAUUCCUGGGCGGUUACAAACACAAGAAGACCAUGGUGGAGUACCAUCACGCCUCCGCUCAGACCAUGCAGAAGAGACCACCCGAGUCUGGCGUGCAGAAGUUCUGCCGCGAUACACAGACAGUACAGCAGCAAAACAUGCGCAUGCAGACCACAGAAGACACGUCAACACAGAUGACCAAGAUUGGGGUUUUUGUGUCCAAUAUGACAGACAAGCUGUUGGUGCCAGGGAAAUACACCACUGCAGAUCAGCACCAUGCUAUGAUCCUACAGAAGGUGAUUAUAAUCCAGAAGUACUACAGGCGGUGGCUGGCCAAGCGUUAUGUCCAGAGUGUGCGCGAGGACAGGAGGAUGAGGUUGGAGUGGGAAAGGAAGGAAGAAAUAAGGAAGAAAAAGGAAAAAGAGGAUAGAAUUAAGAGAGAAUUUGAAAGGAGGAUGAAUCCCAAAUCAAAGGAAGAUUUUGAUUUAUUAUAUCAUGCUUUGGAACAAUGGCGGCAAGAGGAACUGGACAGAAUCAACUCCAGUUUGUCAGGAGCAGAGAGGAAAGCUGCCCUCUGUCAACUCUUGGAGCAGGAGACACAACUCAUAGCUUCUAUAGGAAGACACAAACUGGAGGCCGACUCCGAUAACAAGUCCAAAAAUAUUGAGAAAUUCUUAGAAAAGGCUGCAGCUCCCAAGAGAUGGAAGAGCGGUGAUGGAAAGUACACGGAAAUGGACACCCCAUUCACCAUUAGAGCACAGGAGCUGAAGGAUAUCUAUAACAGUAUCAAUAUGAAGUAUUUAACACAAGACGAGAGACUGGACGUGUUACUUACUCUGAAACAUACAGUAAAGGAACACGACUGUAAGCUCACCCAGGAGAUCAUAGAGCUCAUAGACAGAGAGGCAGAUCUUUUGAUGAGAGGAGUGAAGGAAAACAACCUGGAGGGACUUAGGAAAAGAAUCUCUACCUUAUUCCUACAGUACAUCAAGACACCGACAUUUAACCCAGAGGCCGCCAGGUUACUCAAGGUCCCACAGGAUCCGUCCACACUUCGCAAGAACAUCUACUACUGCCGAAGCUGCAACAGCUAUCUUCCGUCCACAGAAUUCCAGCUUUCGUCCAACUCUCGGACCGUUGGCAAGUGUCGCAACUGCAUGAAGAUCGACAACGACGCCCGCGUCCGGCAAGACCUUAGCCAUUACCGCUUCAUGCUCAAGACGCUGCGUCGCUCGGAAGAACAGUUCCAAGAUGGCGCCAAGAUUGCGUUCUUGUUACAAGAGAGUGACUUGCGUUACUUGAUCGAGAACGUCUGGAACAGCCAGAGCGUCCUUAGUGCCUGGGAGGACCUCUACGACCUGGUGCUGUGCCGCUGGGACAAGUUUGAAGAGUGGGCCCCCUGGAACUGCGUCCUCCUGACCAAGGACGAGGCGUCCGCUCAUAUGAAACUGGAAAACCUGGAGGAGGGUUACGGUCAAGUCUUAAUCCACAAGGUUAAGCACAAGCACACUUUGGCUCGGAACUACUUCUCUCGUCUGCCAGGAAUGGCGGAGUACAUGCACCAGAAAUCUAAAACAACUCUAGCCAACCAAGACCAGUCUUCUCCGUCCAUAGCGGGAAAAGCAGUGCCAAAACAGAUGAUAAAAGCUUGAACUACCAGUCAUUUAUUAUUUCAUUAGAGGGAAUGUGAUGCUGGUUUGGGCUUGUGGAUAGAGAAUGUUUUCAUGGAACACGUUGUGGUGAUAUGAUAAAUUAUUACGCACCAAUCGGACAAAUUAUACUACGUCAGAGCCGAAGGAAUUUCUUUUAAUCAGAACAUGUGCUUAGGCCAUUAAAAUGUGUUGCAAAAACAUUACCGGCAUAUUUUUAUAAAACAAGCAAAAACACGUGGAUUGAUAUGGCAAGUUCAACGAUGCCGAUGUGAUAUUGUCUAGUUCCGUUGGGAUCGGGGUAUAUAAUUAUAUAUUUAUGAGAAUAUUUUGAAUACGGUUAUUCCAAACUAUUUUAAAAAUAAGUU